AUGGCAGAAAUUCAGGGCAACUUCAAAGUUUUAACAGCUGAGAGAGACAAAAUUCUCAAUCUUUAUGAACAGGCAAAGGAGGAGAUUUCCCCACUUUGUCAAGAAGUUAUAAAAUGUCCCAGGACUCCUAAAGCCACAGUUCAAGCUGUAUUAAGACACAUGGAGAUAGAAAGGGAUACAGCACUGUCAGAUUUCCAAAGGAUGCCUGUAGAACAUGUUGGCCUCAGGGAGCAGUUACAGAUUAUAUUUAUAGUUAGAUAUGAACAGUUAGAACAGAUGUCCAAAGUGGCACUAAUGAAAGACACCACUGAUUCUCUGGAAACUGAGAUGAAAAGAUUGACAAGAAAACUAUUGGAUUCUGAAACUGAGCUGAGUUGACAGGAAGCUGAAUAUUCUUUUCUUAGUUUAUUGAAUGAAAAGACAGAACUGAGUCUUUCAGAGAUUCAGUGAAGCCUUGUGAGAAAAACACUUGAAAUACAACUUAGCCAAGAGAAAAUUAUGCAUUUAGAUGAAAAAACUGAUAACUUUUCAAUAUAAAGUCUUGUACAACAAGAGGAGAUCUGUACUUGGAAAGAAACAAUUGCAAAACUUAGUAUGGAGAAGUCAUCUCUGCAAGACUGUGUGGAAGAAGGGAGGAUUUCUACUUUUCAGUAAAGCCUGGCAAUUAAAGAGAAAAUUAUUUCAGAUUUCAAGAUUCUUAUUUCAGAGUUGGAGCAUUCCACAAAGCAAGGAUGAAAAUUCAAGAUCAUUAUAAAAUUUUGA